UCGGCCUGACCCGGAAAGAAAAACAGGCGUCGCGGCCUAGCCGGGAAACCGCCGCCGGGCACCCGCGGCUUUGAGGUUGCCUAGCAACCGCUAACCCCUUCCUCCUCCUGCCGCAGCUGCUAUGGAGGAACUCCCGGCCCCCAACCUCUGGGAUCAAAUCUGCGCAGAAUUUGAAGCAAUGCAGCCUCCCCAUCCUGACACUUUGGACCAGAAGAGGGAGGUUGCGCCUGAACCUAAACAGGAGCCUGUGGUUACUUCUCAGGAGGCUCCUGUAGCUGCUGAAACUUCACCAGAUUUGAGUGGAGACCAGAGCAAAUCACCUCUUACUGAUGAAUCAGUUGCUGCAAAGACCCCUUCUGUCCUUUCCCUACCAAUAUCACCUGAGCUGCCUGACCUAAAAACCUGUACUCCAAGAGAAUUACUGGAAUGCUACAUAUUUCCUGUGCUUCUACCAGGAAUGGCAGAACUGCUACAUCAGGCUAAAAAAGAAAAAUGUUUUGAGAGGAAAAGGACAAGAUUCAUUGCCUUGGAUUUCCUAACCGAAUGGCUAUACAACCACAACCCAAAGAGGAAAGACGAACCGUUUGUUGAGUUCUUCGAGAUCCCUUUUGUGAAGGAGUGGCUAAAGGACCAUCCUAGGCCACCAAUUCCGCUGUCCCUGCUGUUAACGGAGGAAGAAGCAGGCAACAUAAUUCAGUCAUUCUGGAGAGGUUAUCGGGUCCGCUGUGAACCUGAGGUUCAAGAAUUACGCCAGUGGCAGAAACACUUGAGGGAGACAAAGAACAUUAUUAAACGUGUGCGAGAAUUCUGGGCCAAGCAAGAGAAAAAAGUGGGAACCAAGCUGGAAGACUCAGUACAGCCCAGCCCAGUUCGCUCAAAACAGGCAGUGGUGGAAAUCUUGCCGCACCCAGAAGUCAUCACAGUUACAGAGAAAGAGGAAGACAAUCAAACCCUUCCAGUCUUGACAGAUGAGAAUCCACAAAUGGCGCAGACCAGCUGGGCAUCCACACGUGAUUUAGCUCUGCAGUGAUACUACUUUUCAUACUAAUUUAAAAGCCCCAAAUCAUCACCAUCAGCUGCUGAUUAAGGGAGCAGGGCUCAGUGAAUUGAUUUCCACUGUAACCGAAUGGUGUUUGGGUUCAGCUUGGGAACUAAAAUACCACCGGCACUUUUCAAAGAACACUGUGUAAGACAGUCUGAUUUACAGCCAACCUCGAGCCACAGUCCUUUAAUCUAACCUGAUCUUGGUCCCAUCAACUUCAGUGUGAUUGAAGAUUAGUACAUUCUAAGUAUUCUGGUUUGAAUGAAGGCUGUAAAUGAGGAGGACCAGGGAGAUGCAGGCACUGGCUGAGGUUCCGAUUGAGGUAGUGGCAUAAACAGUCACAAGGUGGCUCAUGCGCCAUCCAAAGACAUCAGUGUUUAUGUAAGGGGAGAAACCCGGCUAGAUCAGAGUGGUUGCUUCUAUCCCCACUUGUGAUUGGAGACAGGAGACUAUACUAGAGGGUGGGGAUGUAAGGUGUACCACAGCCCAGUUAGCACAGCCAAUGGUCCAGAAGGAUAGGAUUGCAGUAUAGCAGCUGGAGGGGCUCACAGGCUUUCCACCCCAAGUCAGAAUAAUUCCCAUCCUGGCAACUUAAUGCUGGAUGCAGGGAGGAAUAUCACUCCAGCUUUUAAUAAUUAUUUCUCCUUAGCAAUAAAAUUAUGCAAGCAAUCCAAGGAAGCAUUCCCUCCCCCCAACUGCCACAUUAAGAGGCUGCCAUUGUCCCAGGUGUUGGACUACAACUCCCAUAAGGCACCAUGUUGGCUGUUGCUUCUGUGGCGCUACCACCCUGUUCCAAUGGCAUGAGCAACUGAAGUCACGAGAGAUCUAGCUGGAACCCCAUUAAUACCUUUGCCAAGGGAACGGGAUGCUGUCUCUUUGAAUGUUACAAAAAUGUCAACCCUUCGCGUUUUCGAAGGACAAAACCAAAAUGACCACCACAUUGUAAGUAAAUAGUAAAGCCUUUAUUUUUGUUUUGUUUUGUUAAGAACAGCAUUUUGAAAAUAAAAUGUCUUUGCCCAUGCUUUACAACUUU